AUAUAUCAACACAAACUUUAGAAACUGCGAUCUCUAUAUUGUCCUCCAUGCAUAAACGUUCCCAACUACAACUUUUUAUCGCCCAAUUCCUAACUCUUUUGUUAGGAUUGGUGCAUGCUGCCCCUCCAACAUCAUGUUCCCAAACACCAUUUCCUGAGGUAUGCAACCAUUUCUUAGAUACUGCUGUAAACCUUGAAGAAAUUACCAAGCCUUCGUUCCGUGACCUUGCCCUUAAGGUCACCAUGGACCAAGCUAUACGAGCACACCAUCUAGUCUCAACGAAGGACUUAGGUCCAUUUGAUAAGCGAGCCAAGUUGGCAUGGACCGACUGUCAGGAGCUUUAUGAGGACUCGGUUCACCUGCUUAAUCGUUCAAUGAGCUCCAAUGAUCCGGUGGACACCCAAACAUGGCUAAGUGCAGCAAUUGCGAACCAUCAAACAUGCCAAAACGGAUUCAGCGAUUUUAACAUUUCUUCUUAUAAUCUACCAUCCAUGUUGGGCAACUUCUCCAAGUUAGUACGCAACUCUCUGGCCAUAAACAAGGCCGCUUCGGCCCCAACUGGCUUGAGAUCAGUAAAAUCAGACGGCAGAGCUCGACGCUUGCUUUCCGAUGGAUUCCCGGAAUGGGUUUCAUCAGCCGACAGGAAACUCCUACAGGCUGGUGAAGCGGUACCAGGGGCGGAUUUGGUGGUUGCGCAAGACGGGUCUGGUAACUUCAAGACCAUAACCGACGCUCUGGACGCAGCUACUAAAAUGAGAAGUGGGUCAAAGAGAUUUGUCAUACAUGUUAAGAAGGGUGUUUACAAUGAAAACAUUAAAGUUAAGAAGACAUUGAGGAAUAUAAUGUUUGUUGGGGAUGGAAUCAGUGCAACGGUUGUUACUGGCAGCAAGAAUCAACAAGAUGGCUCAACCACUUUCCGUUCUGCUACUUUUGGUGUGUCGGGUGACGGUUUCAUUGCACGCGACAUGACCUUCGAAAACACAGCCGGACCCCAAAAGCACCAGGCCGUCGCCUUCCGAUCCGGUUCCGAUUUCUCUGUUUUUUACCGCUGUAGUUUCAUAGGUUAUCAGGACACCUUGUAUGUCUACUCCCAACGCCAAUUCUACCGAGAAUGUGACAUAUAUGGGACACAAGACUUCAUUUUUGGUGAUGCUGUAGCUGUUCUCCAGAAUUGUAACAUCUAUGUGCGCAAACCAAUAAGCGACCAGAAAAAUACCAUCACCGCACAAGGCAGGAAGGACCCCAAUGAAAACACUGGUAUAGUAAUUCAUAAUUCAAGAGUUAUGGCUGCUUCAGAUUUGAAACCUGUGCAAGGCUCGUUCAAGACUUACUUGGGUAGGCCGUGGCAGAAAUACUCAAGAACUGUGUUCAUGAAGAGCACUUUAGAUGGGUUGAUUGACCCUGCAGGUUGGUUGCCAUGGAAUGGGAAAUUCGCCUUGAGCACUCUUUACUACGGUGAGUAUAUGAAUAUUGGUCCUGCCGCCGUUACUAGUGGAAGAGUAAAUUGGCCCGGAUACCAUGUAAUAAAGAGUUCAACGGAGGCUUCACAGUUCACUGUGGGGAAUUUCUUGGCUGGUGGUUCAUGGCUUCCAGGGACAGGAGUGCCAUUUGAUUCGGGUCUGUGAUAUACGUAUUUUUUUGGCUUCCCUUCCUUCGGGGGUUGAUUCAUGAGUCCUUCGAACUUGUCAUAAAGUCUCUGUUUUAUAGUUAUACGUUCUAGUCCGUGCAAUCCGGUCAAUCAACGGGUAUUCUAUCCUUAUUAUAUAGUAGUGUAACCAAUUGUGUAACUUAUUGCAGCUGGUCCUUUUUAAUUUAAUAGUUAUAAGAUAUGUUAUAGGUGUAUUAUAAGUUUGAAGGUUGGAUUUCAAAUCCUCCACUCUCAAAGUUGUAACUUAUUUAAUAAGUUAUUAUUAUGAGAAUACUGUUAGUCAACCUUACCUGAGAUAAGCUUUAAUAAAAAGAUCCAUUUCUU